AUGCCGCUGAAGACCCACGCGCCAGAUGCAAGGCAGAUCUAUUUCUUUUACCCAAACAUUAUCGGGUACGCGCGCGUGAUUCUCUCGCUUGUGUCCUUCUGUCUGCUGGGGCACAUGCCCGGCGUGUUCCUCGCGUGCUACACUGCGUCCUUCGUGUUGGACGCGGCUGACGGCAUGGUGGCGCGCGCCUUUGACCAGUGCUCGAACUUCGGCGCGGUGUUCGACAUGCUGACGGACCGCGCGUCGACGGCUGGCUUCCUCGUGGUGCUCGACCACGUGAUGCAGCCGGCGCCUGGGUGGUUCACGACGCUCUGCGCCUGCCUCGUCUUCCUCGACGUGGCGUCGCACUUCUGCCGCAUGUAUGUCUCGCUCUACAUGCGCAAGACGUCACACAAGGACGUGGGCGACAGCCUCUUCUCGCUGCUGCGGCUGUACUACUCGAAUCGCAAGUUUAUGGGGGCCCUCUGCAUUGGGCAGGAGUUCUCCUAUCUUCUGCUGUACGCGUACCGCAUGUACGGUGACGUGCAAGGUGUGCAGCAAUACCUCCUCCCCCUUCUGCUCAUCACGGGCCUGCUCAACGCACUGAAACAAGUAGUGAAUGUACAGCAGCUUCUGGACGGCAUGCACCGCCUUGCUGUAAUGGACGCAAAGGAGCGAGCAACUACGAAGUAA